CCUGUGAACUCUGGUGGAGGUCAGCCAACAGCUGCUGUGUCUGAGUUGCUGAGAGGAGAGAGAAUGGCUUGCACUGAGUUUUCUUUCCACGUGCCAAGUCUGGAGGAGCUCGCAGAAGCCCUGGCUGCCUGUCUUGUUCAAACAAGAAUAUAAGGAAGGUCCCCUGGCAUAAACUAGAGAAGAAAAAAGAUGGACGAAUGCACCAAAUGAAGCCCAGCAGUUUUGCAGAAGGGGCUAAAGGACAACUUUGCUCAUGUCCAGGUCUCUGUGGUCGACUGCCCAGAUUUAACAAAGGAGCCAUUUACCUUUCCCGUAAAAGGCAUCUGUGGGCAAACUAGAAUUGCAGAAGUCGGAGGUGUGCCUUACUUACUGCCUCUUGUAAACAAAAAAAAGGUUUAUGACCUGAAUGAAAUUGCCAAAGAAAUAAAGCUGCCGGGAGCGUUUAUCCUUGGAGCGGGGGCAGGUCCCUUUCAAACGCUUGGGUUCAAUUCUGAGUUCAUGCCAAUAGUUCAAACAGCAAGUGAACACCACCAACCUGUGAAUGGAAGUUACUUUGCCCGUGCAAACCCUGCAGAUGGAAAGUGCCUGCUGGAGAAAUACAGCCAAAAGUAUCCUGACUUCGGAUGUGCAUUACUGGCUAACCUUUUUGCCAGUGAGGGCCAACCUGGCAAGGUCAUUGAAGUGCAAGCCAAGAAAAGAACGGGAGAACAUAACUUUGUGAGCUGCAUGAGGCAGACUCUGGAGAAGCACUAUGGUGACAAGCCCGUGGGCAUGGGAGGCACCUUCCUUGUGCAGAAGGGGAAAGUGAAAGCCCACAUCAUGCCAGCAGAGUUUUCUUCCUGUUCACUGAACUCAGACGAAGCUGUCAAUCAAUGGCUAAACUUCUAUGAGAUGAAGGCGCCUUUGGUUUGUCUGCCAGUUUUUGUUUCCAAAGACCCGGGGCUUGAUUUACGACUGGAGCAUACACAUUUCUUCAGUCAUCAUGGAGAAGGUGGGCACUACCACUACGAUACCACCCCAGACACAGUGGAGUAUCUCGGCUACUUCUCGCCUGCACAGUUCCUCUACCGAAUUGACCAGCCCAAGGAGACCCAUGCCUUUGGGAGGGAUUAAAGCAGCUGCUGCUUGAUUAGGGGAAAAAUGGUUAGCUAAGGUUAUAUUGCUAACCCAGCAAUUGACAGUAAUUAAAAAAUAUAGUAGGACCAAAGAGAGAGAGAGAGAGACCGCAGCCAACAACAGUCAUUUCACUACAUUAGCACUGUUUUUAUGGCAUCCAUGUGGAUAAGGGACACUCGUGUUAUUUAGCAUCUUUAUGUGAAGGAGUCUUGGGAACAAAGAUAACUAAUUGAGAUGCUCACUUUACUCAACCAAUUUUCUGUCUUUAUAGCCCAGAAGUCCACCUUCCUUCUCUUCACACCUCAGGUAUGGGCAUGGACAGGGACCUUUCAUUAUCCCUGCUAUCGAGUAACAUUUGGGUCACAUUGCUGAAUUUUUCAAGUUCAUCUCACAAGGCUAAGGGGUCAUUACUGAGUGUUAGACACAGCAGUGUGGAGUCGUUGCACUGGGUUUUAAAAGCCCACUCUGGAAAUCAGUGUACUCUGUUCUCAGCACUUGGGGGGCUACCCACACUCAGAAGUCUGCAGCUGCCAUCCACAGUUGGUAGUGACACUGAUUAGCCAGGCUGUCCCUGAAUUAGGUUGAUAGCCAACAGUUUGUACCUUAGUAAUGCAAGAUAAGAAAAGAAACAGCAACAAAACACAACACUGAACCCCGCCACUCUCCAUUGUGAGAAACUACUCUUACUGUGUGGUGUCUUAAAGAGACGCCUUUGUGCCCUUUCUUUGGCUACAUAGACUGCUGAGACAAUGACCACAAGACACUGGAAUUACCUCAGGAAUUUCAUGCCAGGAGAAGGAAAAGGCUAAAGCCUGGUGCCAGCUUGAGGAGGAACGUGGCUCCCAGAAAGAGAUGUUGCAUAGUCCUCAGGACAAAUGGUGGUGGGCACAGCUUGACCUUAGUUAGGCAUACCUUGUGCCUCCUAUUGAAACCCAGACCUCACGCCAGAACCCAGCAUGGAUUUUGCAGGAUGGUGGAGGGAAGGUUGGGAAUCCAGAGACCUGUUUGUUACUCUUUCCAAAGUGAUUCCACUAAAGAAAUCUUUUUGCGCUUUUCCAAAGAUAUUACACUAUUAUUGAGUGUUGAUGGUUAGUGUGUGGUGAUGAUGGUUAGAAAACUCCUCUCUGUUCUGUAUUAUAGAACCUGUGAUGAUCAUUAGCCAGAAAUCAACUUCCUAACCUUGCUAAUGGUGAUAAGAUGUGGGUCUAGGACCUCUUUAGAACUAAACCCUCAACGUUUUCCGAUUCUUUACUUUGUAAUGCACAUGUCUUGUAUUAUUUUUAAUAAUAGUGUUAUUUUUAAUUAAACAUGAUUUUUGAGGUGAAACUGAAUAAAAUCAUUUAAUACUA